AGAACCCUAUUUAAUCCACCAAAAAGCUUUAGAUUGAAAUUAAAAAUAGCGUCUUCUUCGAGAUAUUUGGAAAGACUGCUCUGUCAGCUUCUCUGUUUCUCAACCAUGGAAGCCAUGGCAUCUCCAUGCUACUCUGAUAUGGGAGUGGAUCAGGGAUUCUUCAACCAGUGGGAUUUGCAGCAGCUGGAGGUGGUUCUGGGACGAGAUCACUUCGAGCAGAGUCCUUCCUCCGAGAGCCAUACCGAGAGGCCCAUGAAGCAACUCAAGAGCAGCAGCUGGAGCUCCUGCACCACCACUGCCGACCAGAACUCAGCCUCGGCUCCGAGAAUUCUGUCGUUCGGCGAUCCCGACUCGCCGGUCUGCCGGUCGAGUUUUUACGGUAGCAUGGUGAAGAAGGUGGAGGAGGCGGCGGAGGGGUCUGUCAGCAUUAAUAUUGGCUCCAAGACGAGCUCCGCGGCGAAGAGGAUGUCCGGGCAAAACCACGAACACAUCAUGGCGGAGAGGAAGCGGAGGGAGAAGCUGAGCCAGCGAUUCAUCGAGCUUUCGGCCAUUGUCCCAGGUCUGAAAAAGAUGGACAAAGCUUCCGUUCUCGGCGAUGCGAUCAAGUAUUUAAAGCAACUCCAGGACAAGGUUGUGAACCUCGAAGACCAGGUCGCCAAGAGGAGCAUCGAGUCGGCGGUUCUGGUGAAGAAGACUCAGCUACUCGUCGAUGGUGACGGUGACGAUGACGACGACGACGACGACGACGAUACCUCCUCGAGCGAUGGCAACUCCGAAGAGGAUCAACGGCGGCUCAGCAGCGGCGGCUCCUUGCUCCCCGAGAUCGAGGCCCGAAUCUGCAACAAGUCCGUCUUGAUCAAGAUCCAGUGCGAGAACCGCAAAGGCGUGGUGGUGCAAGCGCUCUCGGAGAUCGAAAAGCUGCACCUCUCAGUAAUGAACACGAGCGUGAUGCCAUUCACUAGCAAUUCUCUCGACAUCACGGUCGCCGCUCAGAUGGAGGAGGAAUUUUCGAUGUCGGCUAAGGAUGUGGUGAAGAGGUUGAAUUCAGUAUUCAGACAAUUCAAAUGAGGCGAUGAUCGAUCGUAGAGAAGAUUAAGGCUGGAUCGAUCACCUCUCGAUCGAUCGAUCGAUCGUUUUCUUUUUCUUGUUUGCAUGAUAUAUUCGAUCAUGUUAUCAGAAGAGUUACCAGCUUUUUUCCCUUUUUUGCUUCUUUCUAUGGAAUCUGGCUUCCAUCGAGAAGUUGACCCUUGUAGCCAUUGGCCUGCCUUGAGGAAGGAAGGAUCAUAAUAACUUAAUUGGCUGUA